AUGCAGUUGUCCCUUGGGUGUGGGAGACGGGUGCCGGGAUUUUCCAAAGCAGCAGCUCCAGUAGUGGUAGAACUUAAAGAGGGAGCACAGCCAGUGCGAAUUAAACAAUACCCAAUUAGUUUAGAAGCGAGAAGGGGGGUAGCGCCUUUGAUUAAGCAAUUUGUAGUUCUUGGAAUAUUAAAAGAGUGUGAAUCAGAAUUUAAUACACCAAUCUUUCCAGUCAGGAAACCAAACGGGAAAUUCAGGUUAGUACAAGAUCUAAGAGCAGUCAAUCUCUUAACUAAGGACAUUCACCCGGUGGUUGCAAAUCCAUAUACCUUGUUAACAUCUGUUUCUGAGAAAUUUCAGUGGUUUUCAGUGAUAGAUUUGAAAGAUGCAUUCUUCUGCAUACCAUUGGCACCGGAAAGCUGGCACCUUUUCGCCUUGGAGUGGGAAGAUCCCAACACGGGGAGGAAAAGACAGCUAACCUGGACGCGUCUACCACAGGGUUUUAAAUCUUCGCCUACAAUAUUUGGUAAUCAGCUAGCGAAGGAACUUGAGGAAUGGAAGACAUCACAGGUAAAAGACUCUCCUUUUUCCUACAUAGUAUUGCAAUAUGUAGAUGACAUCCUUCUGGGUACGGAAGGAUGAGACCUGUGUUGCAAGCUAACCAUUGAACUGUUAAACAUGCUGGGCCAAGCAGGUUACCGAGUUUCAAAGGAAAAGGUCCAACUAGUUAAACAAAAAGUUAUCUACUUGGGCUGCGAAAUUUCCCAAGGAGUUCGGCGAUUAGGCGCAAACAGAGUAAAAGCCAUCUGUGCUAUCCCGGUCCCACGGAAUAAUCAGGAAUUGAGAUCUUUUCUAGGAAUGGUUGGCUUGUGCCGACUAUGGAUUCCUGAUUUCGGACUCCUCGCUAGACCACUGUAUGAAGCAGUGAAGGAGCCGCAGCUAGUUUGGAGACCGGCACAGGAGAAGGCCUUCCAGGACUUAAAGAAAGCCCUGCGGGAAGCACCUGCUUUGGGACUGCCUGACAUAACAAAAGAUUUCCAGCUGUAUGUCUGCGAAAGACAACGGUUGGCUCUGGGGGUACUCACGCAACGAUUGGGAUCCUGGAAGAGACCCGUUGGUUACUUUUCAAAGCAACUGGACACUGUAAGUGAGGGUUGGCCUGGGUGCCUCAGAGCGGUGGCAGCAACGGUGAUAUUGAUCCAGGAAGCACGUAAACUGACUCUGGGAAGGCAUAUUACAGUUUAAGUGCCACAUAUGGUCAUAGCAGUCCUGGAACAGAAAGGGGGGCAUUGGCUCUCCUCCAGCAGAAUGUUACAAUACCAGGCCCUGCUCAGGGAACAGGAUGACAUUGAAUUAAAAGUUACUAACCAUCUCAAUCCAACUGAGUUUCUCAGGUCCUCCCAGGAAGAGGGAGUCCUGGAACAUGACUGCAUGGAGACAAUCGAGCAUGUCUAUGCCAGUCGAAAGGACUUGAAGGAUGAACCACUGGAGAACCCGGACUGGGAACUGUUUACAGAUGGAUCAAGCUUCGUGGAAAACGGCACCAGGUAUGCAGGGUACGCGGUGGUAACCCUACAGGAGAUUGUGGAGGCAAAAGCAUUACCCCCGGGAACAUCAGCACAAAAAGCUGAAAUAUGGGCAUUAGUAAGAGCCCUAAUCCUGAGCCAAGAAAAGAGAGUUAAUAUCUGGGCUGACUCAAAGUAUGCUUUUGGAGUAGUCCACGUACACGGGGCAUUGUGGAAGGAAAGAGGGUUGCUUACUUCACAAGGGACAGCAAUUAAACAUCGGGAGGAAAUUCUUCAGCUACUAGAAGCAAUACACAAACCGUCAGCUGUAGCCAUAAUGCAUGUGAAGGGGCACCAAAUCAAUGCGGAACCAGAAUCUCAAGGAAAUAGAUUGGCAGACCAAGCGGCACGACGAGCAGCUACACAGAUAUGGACUCAAAUGGCUUUGUUACCAACUCGUGAUAAUCCUGCAGCAGUACACAUGGAAGAAAAACCCCAUUACACACCACAAGAUGAAAAGUUGGCCCGCAUGAUGGAAGCAAAGAAAAAUGUAAAAGGGUGGUAUAUUACCUCUACUGGACAGGUAAUACUACCAGUCAGAAUAAUGAAAACGGUGCUUGAAAUCGAACAUGCGCUCCGGGGAGCCUUACAGUGGAAUCGGCCUUUACCUCUGGAGAACCCAGUGCAUGACAUCUCUCCAGGAGAUCAGGUCUACGUGAAGAAUUGGUCGGUAGAACCAUUGAAGGAAACAUGGGACGGCCCCCGCCAGGUGUUGAUGACAACCUAUACAGCAGUCAAGGUCGAAGGCAUCGACACCUGGAUUCACUACACGAGGGUCAAGAAGGUCCCCGCGCAGUGGGUUGCAGAAUCCAUCACGCCGACCAGAACGGUGUUCUGGGCGGUCCAAUAA